AAGGAGAUAACAACAAACCUCAUUCGUGUUUUUCUGCAAAAUCUCAGGUAAGGAAGUCCAUGUUCAUAAGUCAUGAUGAAGAGGACUCCAUACUAGAGGAUAAGCCACUCACCAGUGAGAGUGGUGAGGCAAGUGCUCGUGCGCUUGGCACUGAGGACGACGCCUCUGGCCAGGGUGCCAGGCGGUUCUUCGCACCGUCCCCCCGUUGCUUAAGUCCAGAUAAUGGCUCUGGGACACACUCUGACAGGGAGGAAUCCACAUUUAGUGAUGAUACAGAGGGAUCGACGUCUACCCUGCCUUGUCUGGGGAUUGGAAGUGAUCACUACAAGGAAUUGAAGAGAUCUCUUGACUCUGAGAAGUGGCUCGCAACUAACAAUGAUGAUGGGAAGAUUUAUUACUAUGAGGAGAAUGGCAGUAGGAGUCAGUGGAAGCUACCUGAGCUUGAUUCCUUUGAUGAGUUUGACAUAAGGGAUGGCCAACAGACGUCAACUCUGGAGAGCCAACGAGUCUCCUUGGUUACUGAAAACUUGGCUGAGCUAAGUAAGAACAUUGUCAAAGAAGGAUUCCUGCAGAGAACGUUCAUUCUGAAAGAGGGAAAGAAGGUGCGCAAAAAUUGGACCUCCUCCUAUGCGCGUUACAUUGUCAGUUCUUUCAAUUCUGGAUCACAAGGACUUAUACACUUCUCAAAGACGAAGGAUGAUGACAAGAAAGCUGAAAUAUUUGAUUUUAUUCCACCGUGUUCCUUGGACCUUUCUAAUGACAAGAAAACAAGUAGGCAGCAAGUCAUUGCAUUGCGCAAUGGCCACGACACAGAAGUACUGCUUCAGUUUGAAGAUCGAGACAUUGAAAAUGAAUGGCACAAAGUUCUGGUUGAUCAUGAUGGGAUGCAGCAGAAUAUGGCAUCAGUGGCAGAGAAGGAGGAAAAGAAAGGGAAGAAAGGCUCAGAGAAAAUGAAACGGGCUGCCAGUAUUGAACAACUUGCUCCAGACAGCAAGGGCAUCACUGAUAAAUUACUGAACUUCAUCAAAAGACGGCCGCUGAAGGAGACGCUGGAAAAGAAAGGGAUUUAUAAAGAGGCUGUUUUUGGUAGCACAUUAUCAGAGUUGCACCUACAAGACAAGACCGCGAUACCAAUAUUUGUCCUCCAGUGUAUCAAUCACAUAGAAAAGUCUGUUGAGAAUCUCCGUACUGAUGGCCUGUAUAGGAUAUCUGGUAACGCUGCUCAGAUCCAGAAAAUUCGAUACGAGGUAGCGCAAAGGAACUAUACCAUCUUGAGCAGGGAGAAGGAAGUACACAACCUGUCGGGGGCUCUCAAACUCUUCUUCAGGGAGCUCAAGGAACCCCUCAUUCCCUUUGCCAAUUACCAGGACUUCAUUCAAGCAACAGGCUCUGAGUACCGGAAAAAGAACCAACAGGUUGAAAAGUUAACGAAAGCAGUGCGGCAGCUUCCUGUGGAAAACUACGAUACCAUGAGAGUCUUGUUGCAGCAUUUGUUAAGAGUUAGCGAAUACGAGAGUGAGAAUCGGAUGAGUAUAUCAAACUUGGCCAUCGUGUUCGGUCCGUGCCUGCUCUGGCCGAAAAUCACCAAUGCCCAAGACCUCAUGACAGAUGUGAUGCUUCAUAAUCGCGUUAUCGAAGGACUUUUAUUAGAUUACCAAAAGAUAUUUUCUUCCAAAAGAUGAGAAAUGAAGUGGAGAAGCCGUGAAUCACUGUCAGGUGCUAUUUUCUCUCCAUUGUUUUCUGCUCUUGCCCUCCGAGUCCUUAGCUUCGGACUGGAAUUACUGAAUUAUCGCAGUUUGCUCCGAAAUCAGAAUACAUGCAUUUGUAUCCACACACUAAAAGGAUCCGUUAAAAAAGACAAAAAUGUACUCUUUAUGAUAUGCUUAGUCUGCUUUCUUUUAUAUACAUAUAUAUAUAUUGUACAUAAAGUCACUGUAAUUGUAAAUGUCCUGCUAUGGACAUCACCCCCUUCGUCCGCGCUUGGAUACGGGACCAACUUUGGCUUUGUUUUUGGAUCCCUGUCUGAGGUAGUCACUUUGGGACCAUUUAUUUGAAUACUGAAUUCAUAAUCUUUGUAUGUACAUUUUCAUCUUAUUACACUGGUUACCACUUUAUGUAUAUGAUACCCAUGCUGUAUAUUUUGAAAGAUUAGUUCUCUCUUU